AUGGACAGGUUCGACGCCUCGAGGCAAAAUGGCUUCUUCGGCGGAGGCCCCGCGGACGAGAGCAUGCUCGGCGAGCUCGGGGGCGACAUGGAGGACGACUACUCACUACCCCAGGAUGUGGAGGAGGUCUACAUCCCCAGCACCAAGGAUGAGGAGCUCGGCGGGCUCUUCGCGUCGACGAUGCAGAUCGCCGAUCGCGACGUCAACUCGUACAUCCAAACGUCCCCGGGCGGCCUGCUUCGACCCCAGGACCUCAUGGGCGCCGCGGCGGCGCCACCCGGCGCACCGCAGUCGCCUUUCCAGGCGCAGCAGCAGGCGUUCGAGGAGGAGCGCAGGAAGUACCAGCAGCAGAUGGCCAUGCAGCAGAUGAUUGCCGAGCGCGAGCGCGCGCAGCAGCAGCAGCAGCAGAGGUCGCAGAUGACGCUGGAGCAGAUGGAGGCUAUGCACAGAGCCAACAUGGGCGGCGGACCCCCGAUGCCCUCCGCGGGCAUGCUCCGCGGUAUUCCUCCGCCCCCGGCUCACAUGGCGCCGCCGCAGAUGGGUCAGCGGGGCCCCAACCCGGCCAUGGGAACGCCGCCCCCCAUGCAGGGCUUCCCCCCGCUGGGUGCGCAGGGCCCGCCCCCCGGCAUGCCCCCGCCGCCCGGCAUGCCCCCGCCGCCCCGCGGCUACCCGUCCCCCAACUUCAACAACGACCGCGGUCACGGCGGCCGGGGCCGGCGCGGCGGCGGCGGCGCGGAGUGGGCGGAUGCGAACAACGAGGACACCUUUGGCGAGUCCAACGUUCGCGGCGGCACGCACGUGCCCGGCAUGCCCGGCGUUCAGAUGACGCAAGAGGAGAAGCAGCAGAUGUCGCAGCAGCAGGACCAGGGCGGUUGGGACCAGGGCGGUGGGUACGGCCAGGGUCAGAGGAGGCAGCAGUACGACCGCAACGGCGGAGGCCGCGGGGGCAGGGGCGGCCGCGGCGGCCAGAGGCACAACCACCGCAACCGCAGCGCCAAGCUGAUGACCUCGGACGAGAUCGAGCAGAUCCUUCGCAUCCAGUGGGCGGCGACGCACCCGAUGGACAGGGCCGCGUACGAUCACGACUACUACUACCAGUGCUGGCUCAACACCAACAACAAGGGCAAGCUGCGAGAGCCAUUCGCCCCCGAGACGCUCCGAGAACUCGCGCCGCAGGCGAAGGAAGCGAGGGCGCCCACGGCGUUUGUCGCGCUGGAGGGCAUGGGCCGCGUCCCCUUCUCCAACAUCCGCGCGCCCAAGCCCAUCCUCGACUUCUCCGGUAAAGGGGAAAAGGACGGCGGCGGCGGGCGCGAGGAGGCGGACGGUGACAUGAGCGGCGGCCGCCGCCUCGAGCAGGAGCCCCUGCUCGCGGCGAGGAUCAUGAUCGAGGACGGCAUGUGCCUCCUGCUCGACGUCGACGACAUCGACCGACAGGUGGAGGAGAACAUGGCGAGGGAGGCCCCCGCGGCGAUGGCGCGACGCCGCGACUUUCUCCUCGAGGGGCUCGCCGGGACGCUCCGCCUCCCAGCGGCUCCCGUGCUCACGCCGCAGGCGGUGAAGCGAGGCGAGUCGGAUGCCGUCUUUGAGCGAAUCUGCGCCCUGCACAAGGGCCGCGUGAUGCUCGCCAAGCUCCUCCCGCGGCUCAGGCCCGGGUGCGGCGCGGCGUCGUCCUUGGUGUGGGCGGUGAUGCGCCACGCCCCGGCGCUGCUCAUCUCCGGCGAGGCGGAUAGGGACAAGUCCGUCGCCGCCGCCGGUCACGACGAGACACAGCACUUACGGGAUAGCGCGGAGCAGCUCGCGACGGAGGCGGCGGCGGCCGUGGCGUCCCUCAACUAUAACGCCACGGCGUCGUGCAUCGAGGCACUCGCGGGGGCGAUGGUGGCGCACGACCGAUCAAAACUCCCGAGCCUGGCGGCGGCUUCGGGGCCCGGGGCGUCGCUCGCUCAAUUGCUGCGUGCGGUGCUGGAGCAGGGCAGCCGGCUCGGGAUCCUCGGCGCGGACUACGACUCGUCCCCGGAGUGGUCGGAUUGCUUCACCACGCUGUUCGGAAUCCUCGACGCGCAGCUCGCGACGCUCCAGACGCACGUGGAGGCGACCAAGGCUGGGGAUAAGAAGGCCGCCGCGCAGGCGCUGGCGGCGGCGGGCGGAGCCGGCGGGCUCGACCUGCCCAGGGAUCUGUUGCGCGCGUGCGUGCCGCACUGCUCGGCGGAGCAGCGCGAGACCAUUCGCAACCGCAUCCAGUCGUGCCAGUGAACUCUGGCGCGACGCUGACAACGUCUCGGCCGCCAUUUUUUAUGACGGGUCGGCCGCAGACUCGAACAUCCGCGGGGGAGCAGUCUGGCUUUUUUUUUCCCGCCGACGGGACUGCUCGUGUGGAUGGCGGGGGGCACCGGCGCUCGUGUUUUUAUCCCUACGGGAACCGGGCCCGCCCGUCGAGUACUUAGAACUCACUUGCUUUUCAUAUACAUCACACUCUAUUUCACACAC